GCCUUUAUCUCCUAAUUUCCUUAAUCUCUGUCUCUAAACUCUCCAUUCCAUUGGUAGUUUUUCGCGGAGAAACUUUUGACAGAGAAUGCUCGUUCUGAGUUUUCUCUCCCCAUAGUUUUCUCUCUCUUUCUGUGUUCAUCAUUCCCUUUCAACAUGUCUUCCGAUUGAGAUUUGAAUCAUAAUAUCACAUUUCCAAUUCAUUGCAGUCCUAAACUGAUCAACGGACCAAGAGUGCUGAGCCUCACAAUGCUGAAGUGCUUAUUGGUCAUAGCUUCCUUGGUCCUCUCCUCCGCUUUUGCACAGAAACAGAGCCCUCCAAAAGAUCCAAAUGAGGAAUGGCUCACGUUGACAGGGGAAGAGCCUAUAGUGGUAGCAAGGGGUGGGUUUUCUGGAGUGUUUCCUGAAUCGAGCGCGCUUGCAAAUGAAUUAGCAGUGUCUAAUGGUUUACCGAACACUGUUUUGUACUGCAACCUCCAACUAACCAAAGAUGGGCUUGCUAUUUGCUUAUCUGAUAUUCUGCUUGAAAACUCAACCAACAUUGAACAAGUCUUCCCUAAAUCUCGUAAGACUUACGAAAUCAAUGGAAAGGUUUACAAAGGAUGGUUUUCGGUUGAUUUCAUGUCUGAUAUUCUCUUUACCAAAGUCGCCUUGGUUCAAGGUAUCAUGUCCCGCCCUAGUGUGUAUGAUGGUGUUUGGCCAAUUUCUGCUGUUGACGAUGUCUUAGGACUGAAACGACCUGUUUGGUUGAACGCUGAGUGGGAAACAUUCUACCAAGAACACAAUCUGAGUAUCAUAUCAUUCAUUCAAAAGGCAUUGAGACUGAUGCCCAUAGACUUUGUGUCAUCUUCCGAAAUUGGAAUAGUGAAAGGGCUAGGUGGGGCUGUGAACAGCGCCAAAACAAAGCUCAUCUUUCGGUUCUUAGGAGCCACUGAAACAGAGCCAACAACAGGAAAACAAUACGGUGACUUGCUUCAUGAGCUGGCCAUGAUAAAGACGAUUGCCUCGGGAAUUGCGGUCCCAAAAUCAUACAUUUGGCCAGUUAGUCGAGAAGAGUAUGUGCUGCCUGCAACAACUGUUGUGAUGGAUGCCCAUAAGCUUGGCUUGGAAGUCUAUGCUCAUGGCUUUGCAAACGAUGCCGUUGUUGGUUACAAUUAUAGUUAUGAUCCUGUCCGUGAGUACAUUCCGUUUAUUGAUAAUGGCAAAUUUGCUGUUGAUGGUUUGAUUACUGAUUACAUUCCUACUGCUUCUGAAGCCAUUGCCUGCUAUGUCAGUUUUCGCAACCCCAUCAACUCUCCACGUGUCGGAGAAGACCCGUUGGUGAUAAGCAGCAAUGGGGCAAGUGGGGAUUACCCAGGGUCAACAGACCUUUCAUACGAAGCAGCAAUUGAGGAUGGGACUGACGUAAUUGAUUGUUCAGUACAAAUAUCAAAAGAUGGAGUUCCUUUCUGCAUGGAAACCAGUGAUCUUUUGCCAACUACCACUGCAAUCAUUGCUUUCAAUGAUAAAACUACGGCUGUUCCCGAACUUCAACAAGAUCCUGGAAUCUUCUCUUUUGAUCUUACUUGGCCUCAGAUUCUAACAUUGAAACCUCAAAUCACUAACCCUUUCCUGGGUUCUUCUGGGCUUGUCCGAAAUCCUGCCUUUAAGAACAAGGGCAAAUUCAUGUCCCUCUCUGACUUUCUCGAGUUCGCCAAAGCCAAAGGUGUUUAUGGGAUCAUGAUCAACCUCCAAAAUGCGGCCUUCUUGGCUGCAAAGAAAGGUAUUGACUUGGUGGGAAUCGUAUCGACGACAAUGAUCGACGCGCAUAUGGAGAAGGAAUCAACACUAAACGUUUUUAUAAGGUCGGAUGACACUUCAGUGUUGACCGCUUUCAAAACCAAUUUCCCAACUUUCAUAAGAGUUUUAACUGUUGAUGGCAAGUAUGGGGAAGUCCCCAAAAAGGUCGCUGACGAGAUCAAAAUCCAUGCUGACGCUGUUGCCGUUCCUCGUUCCGCCCUAGUCGAAAUCACCAACUAUUUUACGGUUAGCAGCACGGAUGUGGUUGCUCAAUUGAAGUCCGCCAAUCUCUCUGUUUUCGUUUACGUCGUAAGGAAUGAAUACGUGUCCUUAGCCUUUGAUUACUACUCCCAAGCCUCUCUCGAAGUCUCCACAUACGUCGACUUCUUCCACGUUGACGGCGUUAUCACUGACUUCCCUUAUACUGCAAAACGAUACAUAACAUGUCCGUGUCGGCCAGUUGUCACCACCCUUGGAUAUUCGAUCUUACCGCCAGAAGUUGGAACACUCCUUGCUCUGGUGCCGGAAGAGGUUAGACCACGUGUGGAUCCUCCCUCGCCUCCAUUGGAUGGAAAAGCUAUCGUCGACCCACCGCUACCGCCGGUGAGCAAUGUGUCGACCACCGGCCCUUCAGUCCCUGCCACUGCCGCCGCUGUACCAAAUAUUUCUAACUUCUUCCUAUCUUUACUCUCAGUUGUUGUGCUCACUUUCCAUGCUCACUCUAUACUGUAAUUGUCUAUAUUCAAUCAUUUUUUUUUUCAUAAACGUAUAAAAUAUUAAUCUCUGGGGGCAAUAACCCAUCUUCCCAUGUAUUUAUUUAUGUAAUUAAAUAUUUUUU